GGUGAGGUCACUCUGCGAGCAGCCCCAGCAGCACUCUGCUCCACCAAGUUCUCAGUGUCCACCUGUUUCCCGUUUUAACGGACAGGAGAGCUAAUCAUUGGAGAGUUUACAAAGAUGGACCUUUCCCCUGUAUUAAUCAUUCUGAGCUUCUUGGCAGUGAUCACAAACGGUGCAUGUCCAAAGCCAUCUGUCACCUCACUUAAGUCAACAAAGGACUGGUCUCUGCUUCAGUGUGAAGUUAAAGGAGCUUCUCCUCGACCUAAAGUGGAGUGGAGGGACAGUUCUGGAAACAUCCUUCAUGCUGAAGAACCACAGGUCACAGAAAGAGGAGGCAGCUACGACAUCAUCCUCAACACCAAUGUGACCAAGAACGACCACUACAGCUGUGUGGUCACACAGAAUGAGUUCUGUCAUCAGAUUUCCUCUAACAUCUCUGUGAACAUCCACGAACCAGAGGAGUCGACCCAAGGUGCAUGUCCAAAGCCAUCUGUCACCUCACAGUCAACAAAGGACCAGGUUCUGCUUCAGUGUGAAGUUUAUGGAGCUUCUCCUCGACCUGAAGUGGAGUGGAGGGACAGUUCUGGAAACAUCCUUCAUGCUGAAGAACCACAGGUCACAGAAAGAGAAGGCAGCUACGACAUCAUCCUCAACACCACUGUGACCAAGACCGACACCUACAGCUGUGUGGUCACACAGAAUGAGUUCUGUCAUCAGACUUCCUCUAACAUCUCUGUGUACAUCGAUGAUCCAGAGGAGUCGACCCAAGGUUCUAUUGUUGGAUGGAUUGUUGCCGUUGCAGUGCUCAGUGCUCUUUUGGUUGUUGUUUUCAUCAUCCUAGCUGUGCUCUUUGUCACAGGUUGCAUCAGUUGUCGUAAAGGCUUUCUCAUGAAGAGGCUCAGACAUGAUGACAUGAGGAACAAGGGAGACGUUACAUCUCAUCACUUGGAGGAGACAGACCAUAUGUAGGACAUCCCGGAAAGGAAUCUGACUGAUGAAGGGUUUGACUAAAACCUUUUUUAAAAGGGUUGAUGAACACAGGGAUUGACCUCAUGAAUGUUCAUCUUUGUUCCCACACACCUUGUAUACGUGCCUUUCUGUGCUAUUGCUCUGAUUUUAUUUAAUGUCUGCACCUUCCUGUUUUAUUUCCCUUUUUUUUAAAGAUAAAUGAAACAAUACGUACAUGUAGCAUCUGAAGACAGCUUCAUGCCUAACAAAAGCUAUAUGGAACAUGGAGACUGAAAACAUAGAAGGACCUACCUACCUCUAAAUACAACUCCUCUUUCCUGAACAUAGAUUGUACUCAGGUGUGCAGCAGGUAGAGGGAGACAGACAGAAACAUUAAAACAUUCAGUUUGAUUCGUUCAGAGUUCCUGAAAAUGUUCAAUGAGCUCAACAUGGACUUACUAUCCACAGACUGAGACUCCACUGAUCUGUUACAUUUUUAAAUGUCAGGAGGACUCAUAAGAAGUUGAUCAUGUAUCUGGAGCUGGAGGCAUGUUUCUCAUUUUUUUUUUUUUUUGUGAACCUCUAUUUACUGAAGUUACGAGGCUUGUACAGAUUUGUGCUUGAUUAUUCAAAGUGCAAAUGUAAUGCUGUGAAUGACGUCACACCAGAGUUAACUGCGUUCCAGUUAAGAGUUGGUAAGAAGUCGGACAAGCUCCAUGAACGCCUCCAGGAGAACCUUUGUUUUGUUAGUGUAAGAUGGAGAUGAGAUUCAUUCAUGUGAAGUUUUAUUUUAUAGAUCUUUAUUUUUCUCAGGUUGAGAUAAUAUGCAUUAUUUGAUUUAAUGGUUAUUUCAUUUAUAUGUACAAUUUGUACUGUACAAGAGUAUCUGUUUGAUACGAUGCACUUUGCCUUUAAGGUUACCCAUGGUUACGGUUGGAGGAGGGAUAUUGCUUUAAGACAAGUGAGGUGUUGCUGUUGUUGGGCACAAUGGGCAGUCUUGAUAUGUUAUGCUUUGUUACGGACGGACAUUAAAAAGUAUGAGACGCACA